GACACCACAAGUGAAGAUUACAUCAACAAGCUGGGCAACCUCCUGGGUGGUGGAGAUGGCAGAGAUCCUCCUGCCAGUGCAGGGAGGGGAGACAAUGCCCUUGCUGGGGACCCGGCGGAUGGGAACACCGUGGGCGAGGAGCUGGGCAAGCACGGUGGCCGAGACAAAGGAGGCAGAGUUGGGGAGGCCCAGCAGCUGAACUGGGUGGACCACGAGGAUGCGAGUACCCGGGAGGGGAACAGCCUUGGUUUCCUGGAGGAGGACGCACGUGAUGCUGCUGAUGGUGACAACGGAGAGCACCACGGCACUGGAGUCAACGGGCUUCCCCCCGGCGCCGGCGGGCUCCUGGACGAGGAGGAUGACAGCGGGGACGACACCUUCGAUGAGAACGGGGAAGAGGAGGGGGGCGAAGGUCCUACUUACGUGGCUGGUGCCGACAGGGCAGGCGAACACGGCCGUGACGCUGGCCGUGGGGAUGCUGGGGCUGGCAGAGGGCACGGCGACAGCAGCAGCAGUAGCAGCAGCGAGAGCAUCGGAGCGGAUCACUGGCGCCAGGGAGAAGAAAGCCCCCCCAGCCGCUCCGGGGAGGAUGGGGAUGGGGAAGACAGCCCUUCCAGGGAGGGUGAGGACAGCGAGUCCAGGGAGAGCGCCGCCGACCAGUCGGAUGAAGAGCUGGGGGAGUCCCCGGAGGACAUCUCCCGGGAGGUGGUGAGCACGUCGAGCAACAGCCGGUCCCAGGAAGGGCGGGAGGACCCAGAGUCUGAGGAGGACAGGCGUGCGCUGCCUCUGCCUGACAGCGAGUCCAGGGAAACGGAGGGCGACCGGAGCAAGUCCAGGGAAGAUGACGGCGACCAGAGCCUGUCCACAGAGGACACUAUGGAGGAGUCAAAGGAGGACGAGAAUGACUCUGAUCCUGAUGGGGAUGUGCCAAGCACAUCAGCCGAGAGCCAGAGCACAUCCCCGGAGGAUGACGGCAGCCAAGAGGACAAUGCAGGUGAGGACAGCAGGUCUACAGAGAGCAACAACAGCGAGUCCCAGGAGGAGGAGGAGGAGGAUGACGAUGAGGACAGCCACUCCCAGGAGGACCCUGCUGUUGACUACGACGACAACGACUGCCAGGACGGGUACUGA